AAACAUUACAUUAAUCAUGGUUUAUUAAAAAUUAAGGUGAAAAUAGCUUAGUAUUGUUACUUUAUGUCACUAAUUCGAAAUGGUGAUUCAGAAGACUUGGAGUAAUGUUGAUGUAGCAAAUAAUGCUACCCCUACAGAAAAUCAGCCAGCUAGUUCAUGGAAUUUUCAGGCUCCUGUUAAAGCAUUAACUAAUCGAGCAAAUUCAACAAGUAAUAUGCAAACGAAACAACCAAUAACUCGACAAAUUGCAAUUAACACCUUAGCCACCAUGCACAGGCGCUUUAGUCUGCCUGGUCCUGUACAGCCACAUUCAAGGCCUAUUGCUGAGUUCCGUGCUAGUGCUAAUAAAUCAUUAGAUAUGCUUAGGCAAACCAUCCAGUCAGCUGUUACUAGAGAGAUAGAUCAGGUCAUUAAGAAGUAUUUAGAGAAAUUUUUUGUCCCUGCAGUUAACAAUAUAAGAUUAAACUUGGGAGACGAAUCUGUUAGUGAAGAUCAGGUGAGAGCAGUAUGUCGGGCAAUGUUAGAUGCUACCAGACUGUUGUAUACCACACCAUCUCGUCCUGCAACCACAACUAAUGAUACAUGUGAAAGUACUAAUGAGACCGCUGAUACAAGAUUUACUAAGCAAACUUUACAGAGUCAAUUACAAAUUAAAAGAAAAGAGCAAGAUGUUGACUUGGAUUUGAACAAUAAAUGUAAGAAGAUUAAACAAGAACAAAUUGUUGAGAAUGCUGUAUCUCCCCUGCCUGCUCAGUCCCUAAGAGAUCCAGAGAAGUGGAAUCCUGCCAGGCUAACUCAGGAUACACUCUUUAUAAUGGGAUCUCAUGCUCAUAAGGUUUUGGGACUGGGUAAUGCAAGAGGACGACUGUAUACCAGACAUUCUGGCUUACUCAGAUACCCCGCAGAUACUCUUGACAAGGAAUGGAUAGCCAGUCAUAACUUAGUCAAUGCUGUUGGUGGAAAAACUUAUAUAAUGGUUUUAGAAGAUAUAGAAGAACUUGCAACCAGUGAUACUUACAAGCAUAGCUCUUUGCCUAUGCUCGGUGAAUUAACAGGAUUUAAAGUGCCACCUUUUAUGUUGAGAAAGAUAAAAGCGUAUGUUUUGAAGAAAAUGCUAAGUGGUGAUAUUGGCAAUGCCGAUAGUCCUCAACCAUCGACAAGUAAUUCAACAAAUCAAGAGGAUAAAUACAAAGUGGAUGAUAUUAAGUUGGAGAGCCAUGACAAUUUCGAUAGUAGUAAUUUUAAUGCCAGUGAAUACAUGACUAAUCCAGAUACAGGCAGAGAAUAUGCUGAUGUUUCAAAUAUGCUUAAAGAAGAUACAGAUUUUGCUGAUAUUAAAGUUGAGGAUAUGGACGAUAUUAAAGUUGAUAAUUUCAAGGUUGAAGAUUUGGAUGCUAUAAAAGUUGAUACAAUCAAAGUUGAAGAUAUUGAUGUGAAUGAUAUUAAAGUUGAAAAUAUUGACGAUAUAAAUGUCGAAGGUAUCAAAGUUGAGGAUAUAAAAUUGGAGAAUGAAGAUGCAUUUUCACUUUGUAAGCAAACAGAUGAUGUACAAAAUCAUUUAGUCGAUGGUUUGCUCGAAGCGGACAUAGAGUUUUUGAGUCGUAAUUUAGGUAACAUCGAAAGUGACGCGGAUGCAAGGAAGACCAUUGAAAAAUUAACAGGAGCCAAUCCAGACAUGAUCACUUUGGUUGGAGAUGAAUUCGAUUUAGGAACUACACUCAACACAGAUAAUUUUGAGGGUAGACAGAACACAAAAUGUAUAACAGUGGCAUCAACAACAAGUGGCAUGGUACACAGUGUGCCAGUCGCGCACAUCGCCACUCCGCGUAUCUCGGGCAGCACUCUGCACUACUACACGAGCUCCGCAGGGCCACAGACUGCCUCACGGACUAUACACCAUCUGCCGCAAGCCACUGUCACUAUACAGAGUAUACCGGGGUCUACUUCGCAGAUGAUUCGUGGAUUACCUAUCAACACGAAGACAGGAACAAUCAGCACGGUCAUGUCUCAAGGAACAGCUGGCACUAUCAUUGGUUUCGGUACUCGGUCAUCGAACGCCACAGUACUCAGUACACCAGCUCAGUACAUUAAUGUAUCAUCAAAAUCAUUCCCAACUGGAAACAUUCUACACAAUGCUAUCGUUUCAAGAAACAUCGUGAACAGAAACAAUGGGACUACAACUGUCUCAUUCACCGCAGUACGAACACCAACGCAUACGACCACAUCAAAAAUAAGUUCAGUGUUAACUAAUUCUAGUGAUUUUGAUACUAUAUCUACUAAAGAUAUGAUCGAAAAUGCGACCAGUUCUUCGGUUAUGUUGAAAAAAGUGCUUACUCUUGGUAGCUCUGGGGUGAGUAAAUCUUUUGUAAUGCAUAACACCCAGAAAGUUCUGUCUACUGGUUUCGCUACUGGAGCGACUCCACCACCUAACGUAACUAUAGUCAGUUCGGGUACUAGUGGUGGCAUUUUGAAUAAUAAUCUCAGUUCUCCUAAUAUAGUAUGUCCCACAUCUGGCAAUUUGAGUGCCACUCAUGCCACAUUGUCGGCGUUGUUGGCUUCGAAUGCCGACAGCGCUCAAUGCACACAAAAUUGACAGCAAUAUUAUAUUGCAGACUGAUUGAAUUGAUCUCGUUUGUAAUAAUUUUAAAUCAAGCUUGCUGUGAAAGUAUCCAAU